GCUUGGAAAAAUAUUGAAGACGAAUUUGGUCGAGAAAAUCUUUGUCUUCCAAGAGAGAUUAUUUGGUUAAUGGGUGCACCUGGUAGCGGUAAAGGGACGCAUACAGAUCUGAUUUUAAAAGCGCGUGGCAUUACCAAUCCUGCCAUCUGCAUGUCAGCUCUUUUAAAUACACCAGAUUGUCAAGAGUUAAUAAAUAAGGGCAAAAUGAUUAGUGAUGGAAAAGUUCUUGAGAAUUUGUUACGUGCACUACUUAAUUGUGAUCCGACAGUGGGUUGCCUUGUGGAUGGAUUCCCUCGUACAGAUAUUCAGGUGGAAUGUCUGAAACUUCUUUAUGACAAGAUGCAUGAAUUGCGUCGAGAAUUCUGUGGAACACUAUUGCAAGAUAAAUUCCCUCGUCCAACGUUUCGUAUCUGUGUAUUAUAUGUUGACGAAGAAGUUUCUGUCGUUCGCCAAUUGCAACGAGGGCGACAAAUCAGAGAGCAUAAUGAAAUAGUUCGACGAACGGGACAGGGUGAAUUAAUGGAAGAACGAGUUACAGAUUAUGAUGAAUUGGUUCAUCUAAUCAAUGCUGUUGGAUCGAUUGAAGAGGUUAUGAAAUUGAUUCUAAAAGAAUUUGAGUAUCAAAGUUCUCUCGAACUUGAUCAAAAGACCUACGAUUCAAUCGCACAUAUCCCACUCGCAACAAAAAUCGGUAUUCAUGCUCGACAAGAUUUAAUUAGUCGACUUGAGCAUUAUCAAGAUACUGAGCCAGGACUUUUUAUGAAAGCAAUCGAGUUUGUGGACAGUAAUGUUAUCCCAAUGGUUCAACGUCAUGCUAUCAGCGGACAGGCUCUUAUUCGAACAACUUCCCAUCAACUUGAAAACCAGCAUCUUGUUGACAUGAUCAUGGACGUUCUUUCAGAACGAGGAUAUCACGUAAUGUUUGAUGACCGAGUUCGAGAGACACCUGUUAGGAUUAAUCCUGAUACAUGGGAAAUUAUUCUUGAAAA